UGUGAAUCGAGGUCGCAGAUGGCAAGAUAAUUCAAAAUUCACGAUGAUUGGAACGCUUAGUAUACACGAGAGCGUGUUAAUCGGGCAUGAUCGCUCGCUGCAGUGUCCAGCCUCAAUAACAAGCAGCGACUGAUUCGUCCACAUCAGCUGGGGUCAGUGUCUGACAUUCAUCAAUAUCCCGUGCACAGUAAACAACCACCCUUAAGCAGAUACUUUGCCAUGGCACCACGCGCAGUCCAGCUAUCUGCGCGGACGCUUCGUUGCCGACUUCCGUCACUUUACCGCUCCUCCGUUUUCCUUUCACGCCCUCCUUCUCGCCUACAGAAUUUGCCUCAAAAGGCAGCAACACACUGUUCCCAUCGAAUUGCCAGCUUGUCUUCAGUGUCCACCCCCACAUCUGCGUCCGCCAUCACCAUCGGACAGCAGCCCUUGCCCGUAGGAUCAAAACUCAAGUCAUCUCUGGGCAAGUCCUAUGUCAUUGAUGAAGUGCUUUCCGAGCGACCCGCCGCUGGAAGGAUCUGGUGUGUGUACCACGCAAUCCACGAGGGGAGUCAGUUCAUUCUCAAGGACAUCAUCCCAGGCGACCUCGACUACAUCCUUUCUCUACAGAAGCAUGUCGAGCACUCUCCACAUAUCCGAACAGCCGUGGACAGCAUUCCUGAGCGGCAUAUUCUCGUCUUCCCCUAUCUCGAGAAGGGACUGCUCCAUGUCGACAUCGCAGCUCUUUCUUCCACCGCCAAAAAGGCCAUCAUAAGGGACGCCCUUGCUGGCCUCGCUGAUCUGCACGACCAGCACAUCAUCCACACUGAUAUCAAACCCACAAACAUCAUGAUGGAUUCCUUCAAGCGAAACAAUGGCGACCUUGCAUGGCGCAAUGUCCAGAUCACCGACCUGGAAGCUGCAGUGGUACUUCCGCCCAAGGCUAAGGGCCUCACAGAUCGCUUGUCUGGGAACCAUUUCUGGAGAAGCCCGGAGGCUUGGGCUCGGGGAAUUCAGAACACCCCAUCAGACAUCUACUCCUUUGCCAUCGUGGCGAUAUUUGCGUGGACAGGGAGGAUGGUGUUCUUUUCAGACGAGGCGAACCGUGCUUCGCCCGAGCAGCAGGCGGACCUGAUACUCCGGCGCCACCUGUCCUUCUUUGCCAGCGAGAUGGAGGAUUUCGAGGGCUUUAUUGCUUAUCACGGGGGAGACGAUAAUCCGUUCGUCAAGCGUCUCAAGGAACUACUUUGUACCUUCAGCGAGAAGGAGCCGAGGCUGCCCUUUGGGAGGUGGCAGCAGGUAGACCCCCAGUUCAGGGAUCUCAUCUGCAAGAUGACCUGCAUGGAUCCUUUGCGGAGGAUCACGGCGCGGGAGGCGUUGCAGCAUCCUUGGUUUGCUGAAGACUAAGAGGCCUGGUACAGCUGUUCGCAAGCGAGCGCUGUCUCUGUGUACAAUAGGGUUGGUGGGAAACAUCACAGCACAAGAAGAAAAUUCUAAUCCAAGGCAAAUGAGCAUAUAUUGUUCA